AUGGCUUCAGAGAGCUCAGAAGUGAGGCUAUUGGGGAAGUGGGCCAGCCCAUUUAGCAACAGGGUAGACCUUGCCCUCAAGCUCAAGGGAGUUCCCUACAAAUACUCUGAGGAAGAUCUUGCCAACAAGAGUGAGGACCUACUCAAGUACAACCCUGUCCACAAGAAGGUUCCUGUUCUGGUCCACAAUGGGAACCCUUUACCUGAGUCACUUGUUAUUGUUGAAUACAUAGAUGAGACUUGGAAAAACAACCCCCUUUUGCCUCAAGACCCUUAUGAGAGAGCCUUGGCACGUUUCUGGGCUAAGACCUUAGAUGACAAGAUUUUGCCUGCUAUAUGGAAUGCAUGCUGGAGUGAUGAGAAGGGGCGUGAGAAAGCAGUGGAGGAAGCCUUGGAAGCUUUGGAGAUUCUGCAGGAAGCACUGAAGGAGAAGAGAUUCUUUGGAGGAGAGAACAUAGGAUUGGUUGAUAUUGCUGCCAAUUUCAUUGGAUAUUGGGUUGCCAUAUUGCAAGAAAUUGCAGGGUUGGAAUUGCUCACCAUUGAGAAAUUUCCAAAGUUAUACAAAUGGAGCCAAGAGUUUGCCAACCACCCUGUGAUCAAGGACGGCCUGCCUCCUAGAGAUGAAUUGUUUGCUUUCUUCAAAGCUUCUGCGAAGAAGUAG